AUGAGGACCAGGAGGGGUACCGUGAAUGAUGAUGAUGAUGAUGAUGAUGAUGAUAGCGACGAUCUUUCGGAUGAGGCCAGCCAUGAAGACUCUGAAAACGAUAAUGAUGAUGACGAUGACGAUGACGAUGAGCAAGAAGACUCCUCUGAAGCGUAUGAAACCGACGACGAUGAGGAAGAAUCCAACCUGAUUCAAAAGAAGACCUUGCUCUUUUUGUGCCAAGAAGGCCAGAUUCGGUUGGCGCGACGACGGCUACAACUGUUGCAAAAGGAAAACGAGUUUGAUAAAUUGCAAAAAGAAGUGUUCCAAAUGGGGCCUGACAAGAACUACCCGUUGCACGAAGUUAUCAUGGGCGGGACCUUGGAAGAUAGCUCCAAGAACAUAAUUCCCGAAUUGCUGGAGAUUGGAAAACAAUGCAAGGGCCCCUUUCUCGUCAUGUUGAAUGCGCAGCCUCCCAGUCAUGGACGAACUGCCUUGCAUUGGGCCGCCUGGGGGAAUGCGUCUUUUGACAUCCUGCGCCCCUUGGCCAUGGCCAAUCCAGAGGCUUUGAUACUGCGGGAUGGCAAGACUCAUGGCUCGCGGACGCCGUUGGAAAUUUUCAAGAGGUACCAUCUGCCAAAACCGGGCAAUGUGUGGCACGAAUGGGCCAUGAAAAAAUUGUCCUUUCUAGAAACUACCACUCAAUUGUGGACCCAACAUCGUUUGCGAUUGGCGGUUUACAAGGCGGUACUGUAUUGGUUUCGUCACAAAUCAUACUCGCCAUUUGACAAAAAGGGUCGCAAGGAGACUGGAAUCACACCCAAACAUUGGUUCUAUUUGUCCGUCAUGGGAUACUGUCUGCAACGGGAAAUGGAACCCUUGUUGUGGAGGAUUUUGGGCUUUGUAGGGGGCAGUGCUCAGAUUACCAAGUUGACAAAACGGAAGCGUCGGCGAUCAUGA